AUGUUGGAAAACGUGUUAACAGUCGAAAUUGCAGUCCUGUCCGCGUUCGCAACAUGUUAUUUCCUUUACCAAACACUUUUCAAGCCAGGCAACCUGCCCUCUUUUGCCAUCGCUGGCGCGAAGGAGGGCGACUGGUUCCCCUACUUUCAGGCCAAAAUACGCAACACCGCGGAUGGUCAAAACGCUGUUUUUUCGGCAUACAAACAACACCGCGAAGAGCCCUGCUUUCUUCCAUUUUUCGGCACCCCCAGAGGCACGGUGGUUCUACCACUAAACUGGAUAAAGAGCAUCUUAUCGCAGCCCGACCACGUCCUUAAUCUAUACGACGUCGGUGUCGAGAUGCUCCAAUUAGAGUACGCCUUUCUCGAUAAAAGAUUCAACAAUCCUCCUCUACACAUUAAUCUUAUUUCCAAAGAUUUGACCAAAAACUAUGGCGAUUUAAUCCCUGACAUGAUGGAGGACAUAAAAGUGGCUUUUACCGAACAAUGGGGGCGGUCGGACGAAUGGACCACCGUUACGGUUUACGACACGGUACAGAAAAUUCUGGGUUUAGUAAGCAACAGGGUGAUAUACGGUUCGACCUUGUGUCGGAGCCCAGAAAUGAGAGAAACAACGCUGGAGUUUGUUCAGAGAUCUUUCAUUGCUGGUUGCCUGCUGCACAAUGUUUUCAAGCCUCUCCGUCCUUUGGUCGCACCGUUGAUCACAUUGCCACAUCGUUUAUCUUUGCGGAGAUUUCGCAAAAUCGUCGUGCCCGAAAUUCAAAAACGGCUUGCCGAUUCAAACCGCGGCGACACAAAGGCCCAGCAAAACGACUUCUUACAGUGGGCCAUCCAACAAGCUAAAGAAUUCGAGGAUCCAUACUUUUCCAGACCCGAAGUGCUGGCCAGCCGUGCCCUAUUCGCCAACUACAUUUCAAUCCACACGUCGACAUUCAGUUUUACAGAUCUAGUUUUGGACCUGGCGAUGCUAGGGCCGCAAGUGCAGGAAGAGCUGCGGCAAGAAAUUGUUUCCGUGCUUGCCUCGUGCGACGGGAAAUGGAGCAAAAAGGCACUGGCCAAGAUGGAGAAGCUCGAUUCUUUACUGCGAGAGUCGGCGCGUGUCAAUACGUUUAUGAGCGGCAGCAGUAACCGUUUUGUCACGGCCCCCGAAGGCCUGGCGUUACCCAACGGCCAAACCCUGCCCAAGGACACCCCCAUCAUAUUCUUCGCCGCCCCUGUCAUGCUCGACGAAACUUAUUACCCGGACCCGUAUGAAUUCCAGCCCUUCCGGUUCGCUCCAAAGGCCACAGACGACGGCGACGGCGGCGACGACGAAACGGGCGCCCAAGAUGGAAAACGUGCGCGUACAGCCUUUGCCUGCACUUCGCCCGAGUAUUUGGCGUUCGGUCACGGAAAGCAUGCCUGUCCGGGAAGAUUUUUUGCUGCAGCCGAGCUCAAGCUCAUGGCUGCGCAUAUCUUGUUGGAGUAUGAGCUUGAGAAGAUUGAGAGGCCGGCGAGCAAGUGGUAUAGCAUAGUGCGACUUCCGUCAAUGACCUACGAGCUUAAAAUCCGGAGGCGGUUGUAA